AUGUGGGCGAUAUUUUUGUUAUCUUGCUUACUCCAUUUUUCCACCCAAGACGCACCCGCCAUUAAAAUAAUAUUAAUGAAGGAAAAAUAUCAAGACACGAUCACAGAAUGGUACAAUGAUUUCGUGGAUUCAAUAGAGUCUCUUCAAUUCGAAACCAUCGAACUAAAUAUCGAUACUUUCAAUAAAACCAAAGCUUGCGAUACUCUAUCUCAAGGAGCGCAAAUUGUAUUAGACAUAACUUGGGGCAAACAGGAGGAAGCUGAGCAAUUAUUUUCCAGCAUCGGAAUUCCAUAUGUUAAAAUAGAUGUAGCUAUAACACCAUAUUUGGAUUUGCUUGAUAGUUACUUGGAUUUAAGAAAUGCCACGGAUAUCACGCUGAUAUUCGAGGAUCCUUGGUAUGUUGAUCAAACUCUUCAUUACUGGAUGAACAUCCCGAAAAUGAGAAUGAUAAUGACAGACACUUUGACGGCAGGCUCUUUGAAAAAAUUAAGAGAUAUUCGACCGAUUCCAAACAAUUUCGCCUUAUUUGCAACCACAGAAAAUAUGAAUAGGCUCUUUAAAUUAGCCCUUCGAGAGAACCUAGUAAUACUACCAGAACGUUGGAAUUUGGUCUUCCUAGACUUCCAUUCGAACGCAUUAGACAGAAAUUUAAUAGCCAAAGGAUCAGUCAACAUCCUCACGUUAAACCCAGAGCUCUGCUGCUACUUCACCAGCUCCAACGACGACUGCAACUGCCCCAGAGAUUUCGAUCUGCGCAAGCAUUUCCUGCAAAAAUCCCUGACCGUGAUCGCCGACGCCGUUUCCGGUCUCCUAAAGGAAGGGACUUCGAUAGAAACCCCGCUUUGCGAUGGCAAAAUCGCCAAUGAAGGAUUGCAGAAAUCCUUCGACGACCGCCUGUUUUCCACCUUCGCCAACGACGAUUUCAUGUACUACAAUUACUCGAAGAUCAGGCUGAGAAGCUUCGGAUCGAUUGGUAUCGGUAACAAUGGCUCUGUUGAGCUUGUUGUGAGCUACGAUGACGGGCAUGCUACUCUAGUGGAAAACAAAACUAUCCAGCCUAUUAAAGCUUUUUAUAGUAUAGGAGUUUCGCAUGCGCUGCCGUGGAGUUACAAAGCGAAAGAUCCUGAGACGGGUGAAAUGAAAUGGACCGGUUAUUGCGUCGAUUUCGCCGAGAAAAUAGCGGAAGUGAUGAAUUUCAAUUUCGAAAUCGUCGAACCCAAGGAAGGAACUUUUGGCGAAAAGGUUAAUGGUGUUUGGAACGGCGUUGUAGGGGAUCUGGUUUCUGGAAGAACCGAUUUGGCUAUUACAGCUCUCAUUAUGACGGCCGACAAAGAAGAGGUGAUCGAUUUUGUGGCUCCCUAUUUCGAACAAACCGGAAUAACAAUCGUGAUGCGAAAACCAGUCAGGAAAACCUCUUUGUUCAAAUUUAUGACAGUGCUCAAAUUAGAGGUGUGGUUCAGCAUAGUAGCAGCAUUGAUAGUAACAGGAUUCAUGAUUUGGUUCCUGGAUAAAUACUCACCAUACAGCGCAAGGAACAACAAAAAAGCCUACCCGUAUCCUUGCAGAGAGUUUACUUUAAAAGAAAGCUUCUGGUUCGCGCUCACUUCUUUCACGCCACAAGGCGGCGGGGAAGCCCCCAAAUCCCUCUCUGGUAGAACCCUCGUAGCCGCCUACUGGCUAUUCGUAGUACUAAUGUUAGCCACUUUCACCGCCAAUUUGGCCGCUUUCCUCACCGUAGAACGAAUGCAGGCUCCAGUCCAAUCCUUGGAGCAGCUAGCGAGGCAAUCGAGAAUCAACUACACUGUAGUGAGGAACUCCCAAACGCACCGGUACUUCAUCAACAUGAAGUACGCCGAGGAUAUUCUUUACAAAAUGUGGAAAGAACUGACUCUAAACGCCUCCACCGACGACAAGCGGUACCGCGUGUGGGACUACCCCAUAAGGGAGCAGUACGGCCACAUUCUGCUGGCCAUCAACGACUCGAACCCGGUGGAUACGGCCGAAGAAGGCUUCAGGAACGUCGACGAGCACCUGGACGCCGACUACGCCUUCAUACACGACUCCAGCGAGAUCAAGUACGAGAUCAGCAUGAACUGCAACCUGACGGAGGUCGGGGAGGUGUUCGCCGAGAAGCCCUACGCCGUGGCCGUGCAGCAAGGCAGCCACAUGCAGGACGAGCUGAGCAAAGUGAUUCUGAAGCUGCAGAAGGACCGGUUCUUCGAAGGGUUGCAGGAGAAGUACUGGAAUCAUUCGGCCAAAGGGAAUUGCCCGAGUAUGGAUGAUAAUGAGGGAAUUACACUGGAGAGUUUAGGUGGUGUCUUCAUAGCAACUUUAUUCGGUCUGGCUUUAGCCAUGAUUACCUUAAUCGGGGAAGUUAUAUAUUAUAGGAAGAAGUUAAGGGAGAGAGAUGAUAAAAAAUCGCCACCUAAACUCGUCAACAGCUUAUCUUUGUCGCCGUAUUACCCGAAAGAGUUGAAACCGAUGACUAUUUCUAUAAAGCCCGGGAAUUUCAAGGAAACGCUGAAGAGCGAUGAUAAAUUGAACAGUUCUAAUCUCAUUUUGUAUCCCAGAGGAAGGAACAGGAUUUCGCACAAUAAGUAA